AUGCAAGACGAGGCAGUUGAGACUGAUCCCGAGGAACCUGUGGUCAGGACCUACACCAAGAUCCAGAAAAUCUUAUGGCUCUUGGUGAUGUGCGUGCUGUUGUUUGGAUUCGUCCUGUUCACAGUGCUGAUUGGACAUUUCAGCCGUGAUAUCGCCGCGUGGUCGCAGAAAAAGCAAGUUUUAUUUGUGUUUUAAUUAAAAUGCGACAAAAAAUAUUGGAUUUUGGGUGUUCAACUUGUGUAUCAGUCUGUCGGGAAAAUAAUAUGGAUUUAUCGCAGCAAAAUUUUUUGCCUCCCAAUAAGUCUCCAGUCGCCACAUCAUCAGCAAAUUACGGGCGAUUCCAAGGCGCGACUAAUCCACAUUAUUUAUUUUCCCGACACACUGAUAAAUUGUCAAAAAUUCGGUUCGCUUACCUGAUGUUUUUCUAGAGUAACGGCCAAGACAAUUCUUCUUUGGAACGACCCCUGCAAAACUUGUGGCCAAGUGGGAUAUGAGAACGGUACGGAGUUCUCGGAUCUCCUCAGCGACACAUGUGGAAAGAAAUGUGUGUUUGUGUCGGACUGGGCUCUGCAGAACUCAAGUGACGCUGUGAUCGUCUUUCCGCGGACCAUUGAAAGCAAGUUAUCUUAAAUUUUCUAAUUCUGAUAAUCGAACAAGUCUUUAUACGGUGGAACCUCUGUGCUAUGAAAGUCCUUUUAGACGUUCGAAAGGUCAAAUGCUAGUCAACAUUAACCUCCGUACAACAAAACUCUUUCUUAAUAAACCAAGUUUCUUGGCCUCCCUUGGUCGUUCUGCAUAGGUUUAACGUUCAACAUGUCGGGAAAAUAAUGUGGAUUUGUCGCAGCAAAAUGUCAAUCCGCGACCUCUUGCAAAGUCUUCACACGUUGCUGACCGUUUUAUUUGUGGUUGCAUGGAUCCACAUUAUUUCUCCGACACAUACACUCAAUCAACAAACCCUGCUCAUUUUUUUGUUCAGAUGUAGAUAACAAGUUUCCAAACCGAAGUUUCCCCACGCAGAAACUAGUCCUCUUCGAAAAAGAGCCCCCAUCCAAAGACAAUACUCAAAAGUCAUCGGUUUUGUAAGUCCGGCCAAUUUUUACUGUGCAAUUUUUGUAUCUUAGAGUUCCCGACGGCCUGUUCAACUGGGUGGCUUCGUACGUUCCGGACGCUGACAUUGUUUUGCCCUACGGAAGGCUGGUCAAACGGUUACCACCUUACAAGCACGACAGAGACUUCAAAGACGACCUGGUUGAUAUUGUGAAUCGGAAAACGGAUGGGGUCUUUGCCUACACGACGAAUUGUGGGACCAAUAGCAAUAAGGAGAGGAUUUUUGAGGAGCUAAGAAAGUAGGAGAAACUUUUAAAUUUUUUCUAUGUUUUUAAUUUUGGGAUCCUUUGACCGUUAUGUAUACAGAUACAUCCAAGUGGAUGUGUACUCGAAAUGCGGCAACUCAUCGUGCGACAGCAAAUGCUUCAAAUCGAACUUGAAAAAGUACCGGUUCUACUUGGCGUUCGAGAGCACUGUCUGCGACAACUACGUAACUGAAAAGUUUUUUCGGACUGACAAUAAAAUCGUCCCAGUUGUUCUACGUCGCAAGGAUUACUUGGAUUUUGGAGCAAACCACGACUUUAUUGCACUUGACGAUUUUCCGUAAGAAAAAUAUCUUUUUCUACACUUAUAAGGGUAGACUGCCAUAUGUGAUUAAUAAUUUGUACGGCAUAUAUGAGACUCCUAGCACACUCUGCAAAAACGACUGAGAUUUUUUAGGUCAAAGGUUGGGAAAAAUAAGACAUUUUUUACAAAUUUAGGCAUCAAAAGUGAAAGACGAUGUCAUGUAUAAUAUAUUUAUACCGUAGAGUUUAAUGUUUCUAAAAAAUCGAAAUUUUUCAUGUGAAACUGGAAGAGAUACGGCAAAAAAGUGUUUUAUCUCUGACCGCACUCCGCUUUUCGCGCACUCUCUUGGCGGAAAAGAGCGUUGAAUAUCUCGGCCAACGCGGAAGAUUGAAGGCUAAAAUUUUUUGGAAUUAAUGUAUGGCCUGUAUUCGACCUGUGUGUAAAAUCUCUAGAAGAUUUGUGCGUCAAAUUUGUGCUUCUUUCUCUGUAAAGAAAUCUGCAAUUAAAAUUUUUCAGAAAUCCGGCAUCUCUUGCAAAUUACCUAAAGGAAUUAAUGCAAGAUAACGACGCCUAUAUGAAGUACUUUGAGUGGUCAAAGGAAUGGAAAAAGAUUACCCAGCCACUUCCUUAUUCUCUAUGUUCGGUAUGCGAUUAUAUUCACCAGCCAAGCCGAAGCAGAUCGGUGCUUGGAGAGCAAAGCUUUUCCGAUUGGUACAGUCCGAAGAGACGGUGCGACUCGGACUUUAUUGACGACUUUUUGAAUCCAGAUCUGUAG